AUGGAACCGGUUUUAGAGUCAAGGAUUUUGGAUUUAAGGGUUUCAGGGUACGAGGUGGUGCGGGAGCACUACCUGCGCGACGACAUUCCCUGUGGCGCGCUGCCCUGCGCCAAGGCGCCCGCCACCGCCUGCGACAAAGAAUCCGCUCGCCUCUCGCCUAAUAACGAAACCAUCCUCGUUAUAGACACCAACGUCGCCCUGCACCAGAUCGACCUGUUGGAGAAUGCAGCGAUCAGCAACGUGGUGGUGGAAGUAGUGAAGUUGGUGCCAUAUCCCCUCAUCCCAUACCCACAUGAACCCCUAACGCCAUGUCCCCAUCCCACCCACUGCACCACGCGUGCCUCCCUGAUUGACCUGUUUGAGAACGUGGCGAUCAGCAACGUGGUGGAGCUGUCGGUGUUGCUGGAGGAGGCGAACAUCGAUCUGUUGGAGAAUGCAGCGAUCAGCAACGUGGUGGUGCUGUCGGUGGUACUGGAGGAGGUGAAGAGUCGCAACGUGGCGGUGUAUGGGCGCCUCAGGGCGCUCGUGGCGGAGGAAUCACGCCGCUUCUUUGUCUUUUCUAACGAGCACCACAAGGACACGUACAUCAAGGCGGAGCCAGGGGAGAGUCCCAACGACAGGAAUGACCGAGAGACGUCUCAAAAGUUGCUUUUCUCCCUUCAUCAUUCGCGAUUCACCCUCUCUCCCCUCGCUCUCCCAUCAUCUCACACACCCUGUCUUACCCCCCCCCCUUACCCCCUCUCCACCUCACUUACUUCUCGUCCUUUCUUUCCUCCCACAAAACCCUGCCUCUCUCUCACCUCUCCGAUUGCAGCCAUUCGGGUGGCAGCGCAGUGGUACCAGCAGCAUCUGGGCGGCAAAGUGCCGGUCGUGCUCAUAACAGACGACAAAGCCAACCUGGCAAAGGCGGUGGCGGGCGGCACAAAAGCCAUGAGAGUGCGAGAGUAUGUGGCGUCGCUAGGGAGUGUAGAGCUCAUGGAUCUGGUUGUUAGUGCGGGGGAUGGGGAGGAGGCGGAAGGAGGGGAGGGAGGGGAGGGGGAUAAGGCGGCGAGGGAGGAGGAGAAUCGGGGGCUUCGGACGAACGUGUCUCGCAGCAAGAGGAAGAGAAUCUACUCUGAUCACAAGCCCAUGUCAGCCAUAACAGCGGGGCUGCAGCGCGGGCUGUACCAUCAGGGCAAGCUGCGCGUGAGCCGCUACAACUGCUUCGAGGCGUUUGUGGGAUCCGAGUCGCUGGGGGACGAGAUCCUCGUUAUAGGCAGAUGCGAUAUGAACCGCGCCGUGGACGGGGAUGUGGUGGCGGUGGAGCUGCUGCCGCGGGAUCAGUGGAAGGAGCCGACGAGUGGGGCGCUGAGGGAGAGGGAGGAUGAUCAUGACGAUGCUGCUGCGGAGGAGCACGGCGAGGAGGACUCAGUGGGUCUGCCCCCCGCCUCGGCAGACGAUGCACCUUCCACUCUCUCCUCUGCUGCUGCCGCGCUCUCCCUGGAUAAGGAGGGGGACAGCAAGGAGGAGGGGGGUGGCGGAGGAGGGGGGAAGGACGGGGGAGGGGGAGAGGGGGGAAAGGGGCCAUCUGAGCUGGCAAGGCCAACGGGGCGGGUGGUGGGGAUAAUCAAACGCAACUGGCGAACGUGA